AUGCUCACUUUAGAGACUUAAAAACGAAUUGCGAAUCUAUUUUAGAAUAUCGCAGAAAAUGAAAGAUUAGUUGAGGUAGUAAGAUAAGUUCUUUCUGAAUAGGAGGAAUUCGAUCCUCACUCCUUGUUUGUCAAAAUUAGUGGAAAUAAAAAUUACAUAAUUCGCAAAGAUAUCACUGACUUCUUAGAUAAUUUUUCAGUGCGUUAUUUGCCAUAGGAAAUGAACUAAUUAUUUUACAAUUACAAUGGCUCUAAAGAAAAAAUGAACUAUACAAACUUUUUAAAAAUGAUUCUGCCUAACAGCAGUCACUUUUUAAGACAACUUAAGGUGGAACUCAUUCCACAUAGAAGAAAAGUAGUGGAAGUAACAUAUGAGCUUGAAUGGGCUUUAAUUAGGGUAUUUGAAAAAGAGCUUUAGUUAUACAGAGUAGUUGAAGUAUAAAAGGAAGAAAUUAUGAGUAGGUGGGACUACAAGAUAUCUGCAGCUUUUAGAUGUAUUUCAUAAAAAUCUAAUAAGAUUCAUAUUGAGCAUGGUGAUUUAUAGAAUUUUAUUGAUUUGAUGGGAUAUUCUUCAACAAGCGAUGAUAUUCUUAAUAUUUUAAGGAGAUGUGAUCAUGAUAAAGAUGGGAAAAUUAGUUAGUUAGAUUUAGAAUUAAGCCUAACUCCAUUUAAAAAAUAUAAAACUGCCCUCAUUUAACAAGCUGCUUAAGCCCAGCAAUAAGAAAAGAAAUCUUCCUCUAGCAAUUUAGCUAAUUCUGCUGUUUAUAACAAUUCUUCUUCAAAGAAAAAAGUAAAUAACACUAAUCUUACAGGAUCAGCUUAGAAAGAAAGCAGAAAUCCUUCAUAUUCUUAAAAUAGCAAUGGAUUUGAGUAGUAAAAAUAAGCGAAGUCUCGCUCUUACUCAUACUAAAAUGGGACACAUGGGAACGGAUAUUAUAAUUAGUAAAAUGACUAUUAAGGAUAUACAAAUAGAAGUAGCUAAAGGUUUUCAGAUGAAUUAAAUAAUGAUAACUCAAACAUAAAUAAGACUCCUAGAAGAUAAAAUUCAACAGAUAAAAUUAAAUAAAGUUCUUCAAUAUAAAGAAAUAGUGGCAAAAAAUCAUAGUUGCCACAAUCUUCUUCAACAGAAAUCAAUUACCACAAUAAUAAUAACAGUAAUAUCCACACAACACCAACUAAAAUGAAAACCAUCUCAUAUAGUAACAAUUAUAAUAACAACAGCUACAAUAAUCCAAGUAGAGGUAAUUCACUUAGUAAUAAUAGUACAGGUACUUCACAAGGAUUUGUUGGAAGUUAGUCUAAAUAAAAUUCUUCUAAUCAUUAUAAAAAUUAAUACAAUAAUUAAAAUGUAGAUCCUUAUAGAGGAUCAUCAAGCAAUCAAACAAGCAGUAAGAAGGUUAGUGGCCACUAAAACUCAGACUACAAAGGGGUUAUGAGUUCAAGCAGUGGUAUGAAAUCUUAUUAAAAUAAUAAUAAUAAUAGCUUCUAGCCUUUAAGCAGUAAUUCUUCAAAAGUUACCUCUAAGCUGAAUCGUUCUUCUAAUCCAAAAGAAAAUAUAAAUAAUUCAUUUUUAAACUAUAAAGAAGAGCUUAAAAAUUAAAUCAAAAAUGAAAUAUUUGGAUAGCAAUUUUCUAAUUAAAAACGCAACAACUAAUAAUAAAAUAAUGUAUAUUCAUAACAUGAAAGCAACACAAGUUAUCCAGAAUUAUAGUAGCAACUUAAUUCUUAAUUUUCCUCUUCUGCUCAAUAGCCUGCAUAAAAAGUUUUAUUGUUGAGUAAUUACCAUUAAAAUAACUGUAACAGUAAUCAAGCCAAGUAUGAAAAUUCCAGUAAUAAAAGAUAUGGAGAGCUCAAGCAAAAGUUAGUGGAUGAAUUGAAUAAUAGUCUUGUUCUUUCUGAAAAAAACUCGCCAACAACUUAAAUUUAUAAAAAAUUGAAGGAGAAUUUAUACUCUAACAGCAAAAACAAUCACUCUACAAUCAAUUAUGAUUCUUAAUAUGACAUGAAAAAUGCAAACUAAUAUGGGAAAGAGUUUAAAUAAAAACUCAGGGAAGAGUUGUCUCGAUCAAGUUAAGAAAGAAGAUAAGCAAAUUAUGAAGACCUCAGCUCUUCUAAAUACAAUGAUUCUUACUCUAAUUAUCGCCAUUCUCCCUCACCAGUAAGAAUGAUAAAAGUUGAUGUAAAAGAUAUUGAUCCUCUAAAGCAAACCAGCACUAUUUAAUCAGAUAAAUAUAAUUAUAGCAACAAUAAUAGUAAAUUAAUAUCUAGCUAGCCAUAGACUGAAAAAAAAUAAAGUAUUCCUCAGCCUUUAAAUAACACUUUAAAGGAAGGAGCUUUCUAGGGAUAUAUAAAUAACAAUACUGAUGAAGAUAUAAACGCUGUUUCAAGGUAUUAUCCUUCAACAGAGAAGAAAAAGCUUAUGCAAACAUAAAUUUUGAAUAGAGAAUCUCUUGGUGGAAGCUCAGAAAUUUAUUAGCAAAAAGAAGAAAAAUCUAAAAAAUAUGAAAAAGGUAUUGUAAGUCCAGUAAGAACUAGCUAUUAGGACAACAUGAAAGAAUAUUAUAUAGAAAAAAAUAAAAGAUAUGAAAUACAAGAUGAAAUAGAAAAGAAGAUGAGAUAAAAGCAUACAGAUUAAUAAUAAUUAAAUAGUAGAACUUCUUCUUAUUCUCCUUAUAAGGCAGAUGAAAUUAUACUUAGAAAGUAAUCAAUCAAAGAGUAAUAAAUUAUUGACUAGAUUGAAAUCAAAAAUGAGGCUAGAAAUGCUGAAAUCAAGAAAAUUAAAGAAAUCGAAGAAAAAUAGCUAAGAGAGCUUGAAAAUAUAAAAUAAAAGCAAUUUUUAAUGGAAGAAGAAAGACUUAAUAGACUAAGAAAAGAAGAAGAGAUUCGUAAAUAGUAAAUUGAAGAGGAGUUAUUAAGAAGAGAGAAAAUCAAAUAGGAAGAGGAAGAGUUGGAAAGAAUUUAACGCAUUAAAAAAGAAAGAGAUAGGAUAAGAGAAUAAGAUGAAAAGAUGCAAUAAGCUAUUAGGGAAAGGAUGAGAAUUGACGAUGAAAUCAGAAUGAAAUAACUAAAAUCACAAAAGAUUGAAAGAGAUGUUUAAUAAUUAGAAUAAUAACUUUCUAGACAGGCUUCUCUUGAGCGUGUAAGAUAGUAUAAUUAAAUGGAAGAUUUUAGAAGACAGUAAGAAAUCGAAAUUAAAUAAAGAGAAUUAGAAAAAACUAGACAAAUUUAUGAAAUGCAAAUGAGGGCAUCUGCUGAAAAUACAUAACGUAGUCCCUUCAGAUAAGAUUUUGUAACAAAAAACUAUGUUGAUAGAAGCAGCAGUUUACAUGCUUCUAAUACAAUUCCUGAAACUCCUUUUAUUGAAAAGAAUCAAAUUAUACAGCUUCAGCCAGUUUCACUCACAACUCCGAAACAUUAAAACGAUAAAGCUAGUUUAUAAUAACCAUAAUCAAACUUAAAACAAGUGCAAUUUAAAUAAGAUAAUGAUUUGGCUGCAGAGUAGGAAACCAAAUAGAGAUUACAAAGAGAAAUAGAACAAAAAAGAAUAUAAUUAGAGUUAGAAAAUCAAAAGGCAAAAGAGGUUAAACUUGCUUUAGAGAAAUAGAAAAAAAUUUAAGAAAGCAUGGAAGAAACUAUGCUGAUGGAGAAAAGGAAGUAAGAACUCAUUUUAGUAGAAGAAAUGCAAAAAAAGAAACUUUAAGAAUUAGAAAUAGAAAGAUUCAAAAAUGAAAAAUUGAGAGAAAUCGAAGAAGCAGAAAACCAAAGAAUUCUUGCUUUGGAAAAAGAUCUAAGUUAUAUAAAUGUCUAAAAAGUUAACCAUUUUAGUAAUUCUUUUAAGCCAGAAGAAAGCCCUACUAAGGCAUAUGAAGUAGUGAGCAAGUCAAAUAGAAACGAGUUAAAUAUGUCUGGCACUCCUAACAAAAUUAGCUCACUCAAUAAAUCAUUAAACAAUGGACACAAUCAAUCUCCACUUGAAUCUCACAUGAUUAAAAUCUUCAAAUAUAUUAUUGAUUCCUCAAAUGAAAUUCAAAAUAUUAAAGAAAAUUUGUCAAUGAGAGCAGACUUCACUCUUUCUGAUGCCUUUAGAAUAAUGGAUAUCGAUCAGAAAGGAUUGAUUGAGCUUCCUUAAUUUGAAUCAUUUUUGAAAAGUAUUGACAACCACUCGUCAAGAGAAUCUAUUUAUUUCCUAUUUAACAAGUUAUGUCCCAGAAAUUAGAAAUUUUUGAAGAAAGAAGAUGUAGAUGACAUAUUCAAGCCUAUAUCCUCAGAUCAUUCUGCUAUACUUAACAACAGGGUGUCACUUUACAAUCCAAGACAUCCAGACUUUAGUAAAUUCACUUUUGAGACCAAAGACAUCAUCUCUUAAUUAUUUAAGCAGCUGUUAAAUUAAGAGUAAAAAUUAGAAUAAAUGAAGUCAGAAUUCUUACACUCUAAAGAUUUUAAGUUAGAUGAUGCCUAUUUUUUACUUGAUAAGGAAAAAAAUGGAUAUUUAUCUCAUGAUGAGCUCAAAAAAGUUUUAGAUUCCUAUCAUUUGUGCACAGUCGAUAGAGAUAUUAAAAAUAUCUUUAGCCGCUUCGAUCGCUACUAAAGAGGAAAAAUAACUUUCGAAGAUUUUAGAUAAGAGAUCUUGCCAUAAUCUAAUUAUCAUUGA